GGGGUUCGAAGUCGGCCUCCCGGAAGAGAAGAGGAAUUGGUCAUUCGACCCUAAGGAGACCAAUCCGGAGGUCAACGAGAUCCACACAGCCAUCCUCGAGCUCAAGGAGGAGGGGAUGUCGGCCGACGAUCUCCUGGCGACGUUUGUGUACCGGCAGCUGUGCCCGCUCCAGCGCCGAUUACACAAAAAGUGCUUCUACAGCGGUCAGCUCGAUCCGGACCAAGUGUCUACAGUCCGGCUUGACCAGGCUGAAGUCUGGCGCCGGGUCAAAGCGAUUGCAAAGACCAGCCCGCCGGAGCAGUGAAGCUGGGGUAUGCCGGCGUACAGCCGGAAGCACCGAGCGCCCCCGAGGUUCGCCCAUCAAGGGAAUGAAGACGGGAGAUCCCCGGACAAACGGUUCGCGGCCCCGCGCCUGACCAUCGACCAUGAAGAUCCGGAUUCGGAGGACUUCAUGCCGAUCGCUCAUGCCGGCCCCCGCCGUACGGAACCCGACUUGGGCGAGCCUGCCGCGGAGGCACCGAAUCGGGAGAAACGCGCUGUCUCAAAGAAGCGCGCCGCCGAGAAGGACCUUCCGCAGAAUAUGAAGCGGAAGAAGGCUGCGGCUCGUGGCCCCAAGCCCAAACCCUUGGUCGUCGGGGAGGCUUUAGCGGCCACACAAUCUCAGACGUUUAUCGCGUCUGAGAUUCCGGUGGCUCGUUCUUCCCGUGCCGAGGCCUCAAAGCCGGCCGCGGGCGAGACUGAGACCACCGCGGAUCCGACAUCCCCCGCUCAGGAUGUCGGUCCAAGCCCUGAUGCCACGGUCGUCGGUCAGUCCGAGACUCCUGUGGCUGGGGUCUCGGCAACCGAGGCUGCAGCCGAGGCUGCCCCUUCCUCAGCCGCAUUCGAAACAACGACGGAGCCGCCGGCCUCUGAGAUGCCGCAAGAGCUGGCGACGGGUCCUCAGGAACUCCAAGAGCCGCGGCCAACUCCGACGCCACCUCCAUCUCCGUCACGGCCAAAAGAGGAUGCCCAAGCUGCUGCUACUCAGGCCGCGAAGACUAAAGGCCCUGCUGCCGCAGCCGGGUCGACGGCUCCGGGAUCCCUUGGCUCGCGUCAUUCCGGCCGGCAGCAGGAGGUUCCACUCCGGAUGUCCAGCGGACAGAGCUUGGGGUCGUUGGUCCAGUCCGUCAUGGACUGGAACAGCGCCGACCACUAUGAGGUGAAUUCCAGCACCUUGCAGUCGGCGCGGCAGAGCCCUUUGGUGGGGGCUCCACCGGCAGCGGCUCCAGAGUCGGUGUCGGCACGAAUGUACCAGGCCCGGGUGGCCUUGUUCGAGACGAGCCAAGCUACCGAGCUCUGCAUGAACAAGCGCACUGCAGCUUUUAAGGGGCUGUUGGGCAAGUAUAAGAAGCUGGCGGCGUCGCACAAGGCCCUGAAGGCUGAGCACAAGAGCCUGACCGGGGACAACGCUCAAGUGGCGGAGCUGCUGAAGCAUGUCGCCGAGGUUCAAGAUGAGAAGACUUGACUGGUCGAUCAGCACCGGAAAGAAAUUACCCGGUUGCAAGCGCAGAUCGCGGCGCAGGCCGAGGUGAACCAACUCACCUCGGCCCUCUCUUCGCAGGCCGAUGAGAAAAUCCGCCUGGAAGACGAGGAGAAGAAGGGCAAGGCGCUCGCUGCCCAGCUCGAGACUCGUGCCACCUCCGCCGAGUUGGAGGAUGCCGAGAAGGCUGCCCUGCUCAAGGUCGCCCGGCGUGACGUCGUCAAGAUCAACAGCAGGCUGACGAAGUUCUUCCCCACAUCUGUCGAGCAUGAUCAAGAGACCGUGAAGAUCGCCCGCCGGAAGAGGGAUCCGGCAGUAGCGGCGGGGGAGCCCUUCGAAUGGGACUUGGUGGACCACCCAGUGAGCAUCGCGAGCCGGGUGAAGCCACUCAAGUCGUUCGGCGUCGACAUGCUGAAGGCCUGUAUCCGAGCCUUCUAUGUGCUGUGGCCGGGAGAAGAAGCUCCUACGGAUAUCCCGGACCUGGCGAAGCGGCUGCUGGAGACGGAGUCCCGGAUGAACGACUGGAGGGAGUCGGCUGCGCGCAUCGGCGCCGACGAGGUGUUGUCGUUCGUACUGUCAUGGUACGACGGCAUUAACCUCGACGUGUUGCAGGUGAUGCGGGCCGGCUCCCCCUAUCUGACGGAUCCGGAGUUGGUAGCCAAGCGCAAGGAGAGGGCCUACUCCUUCAUUCAGUAUGCCGACGUGCAUACGUUUGUAGAAGGCCCAACAUCUGACGCCGAAGCCGAGAUGACGGACGGCGACAAGGAAGCAGCGGACGAAGAAGCAGCUUUGGAGUCGGCUUCCACUGCGGCGGAUGCGCCGAGUUCCGGCGCCAACCCCUUGUCUCUUCUUAGUAAUAACUUUAGAAACAUUAGAUCCCCGGAAUGCCGGGUGCAAAUGUA